GUUCUCGGGUCUCGAUUGUUUCAAUUUCCUUGCUCGGCUCACUGACCAGGUUUCAAUUUUGAUCAUCCUGUCGUUGAAAACAAACCCCCUUCAUGUGUCUGAGUUCAAAUUCACUUAACCUUGGGGCAACAGCAAGCAGUUGAUCUAAGAUCAACGGCAAGGUUUGUUGAUUCAAUCAUAUAACAUAACCUUGCCCUGUCCCGUCCGCUUCCCGGAAAUCCCUUCAAGGUCUUCAAUGCUCUUCACCCCCCAACCUGUCCUCCGCGGAUGGUCUCCUCCUUCCGUGGAGGAUGACCAUGAUGUUCAUCUUCCAGACCAUACAUUUCCCCAACCAACGCCUUUUAUACCGUCCACUUCUUGCAUCACUCACCAACCAAUGGCUCCUUCAUCUGAUCGACGUGCACAGCGUAACAGAAGCAGGGACCCUAGUUGGAUUCCUCGACCUAGAAACGCCUUCAUUAUCUUUCGCUGUGAGUACUCACGCAAGCACAGCCAGGCUGCCCAAGAAGGCGACGACGAAUCAGAAGCACCCAAUCCUACUGCCAAGACCCUCUCCAAGCGAGCCGCUGAGGCGUGGAAGGAGUUAUCUGCUUCUGAAAAGGACAUUUAUAAGGUCCUUGCAGAUAGGGAGAGAGAGGAGCAUGCACGUCUUUACCCCCACUAUCGCUUUCGUCCAAUGCGGCGCCAAAUCUCUGGACUGAAGAAACGUCAAUACGAUAUGGGCAUGAAUAACAACAGUUUCCUGCUGGAUUCAGACGAACAAAUGCCUCAUUAUAUCGCAGAUGUGGAUGAAGACUCGCAAGAGGAUGUUGUACAUCAACAGGUCAUGGAGAAGGAAGGGAGCGAGUGUGUUGAGGCAUACGGAGACUUCGCACCGAAAGACGCCCUCGGGAACUGUGCCGCAGCUCACCGACGAUCGUCGUCUGUCCCGCUACCCGACGCGUUUCUCACUCCCAUCCUCCCAUCAUACGCUCCAAAGGACGACUCAUGCAGGGCUCGCUCGACUGAAGGAAGAGAGUGGCCGCUGCGUCCUCUUGAUUAUGUGUCACAGGCGGCACAUGUUCGGUUUGGGAAGGAAUUUGAGGCGCAACCUCAGCAAUGGCAUCCUGCCUCAAACGAUCCAUCUUCCUUUAUAUCCUUCACUUUCGGUGCAUCGACUGGGGAGCAUGAUAGCUCGAUAGGCAACCCGUCCGAGUCGCACAUGUCAUUUGAGCUUGACUACCAAUCCCCAGAGAGCCAAAAUGGACUCACCUACACUCCUUCGUCCUUUACAACUAUCACCUCCUCCCUUUCUGGCUGGAAUAGCGAUCCCCUUUCUCCCUGUAUGCCGGGGCAAGAAAUGUUGCACAAUUUUGACUUUUUCACCCAUCCCCUUCCCCUCUCCGAAUACCCUGAUCAUGUACCCGGUAUUCCCCAGUAAAACCUCAGCCACGCGGAUGAUUUCCGUCACCACUAUCUUCACCCUGUAGCCCUAUUCCCACUUGUUUCAUAGCCCCGCAGUGUUUCGCGUCAUUUCUUCUUUACGGUUGCUUGAUCCUAAUACUCAGCCCCUUGCUCCGCGUUCUAGUAUCAUUAAUAUCACCUUUCCACCAUGCAUAUCCACAUUUCUCUCGGUUCGCAUUAAUUCAUGUGCAUAGUAUACUUAGGGACGGAUUACUUACUAGUUUGAACUUUGCAUGCCAUCACUUUCAAGUCGCGGCAAACGGCGCUCCCCACAAAUUGCAAGCCAACUUCCAUGACUCUCAGCAGCAUAUUUCUUGGAUUGUUCGAAAACUCCAAAUGGUCAUUCCUGGCUG